GCCGGGGCGCCCAGCCCCACUCGCGUUCGCGCGUUGUCUCCGCGGGCCGGGCCCGGCCCCUGCAGCCGCCGCGACCUUGGCCUCGACCGGGGCUGGGGGCGCGGGUGGGGGCCGCAGCGGGCACACUGUCCCCGAACGGUCGCGGGUGUCCGUUUGCGGGGCGCCUCCCCACCCUUCCGGAACCCCAGAGACGGGAGCUGUGGCAACCACACUCUGCAGACGGGAAAGAGGCUCAGAGCCGCCUCUGGCCCGAGGUCCCCGGUGUGCACUCCUUCAGCAGGCCUUGGGGGAAGAUGGCGGCCCUGGGGGACGGUCAGGAGCCCCCUCAUGUCCUGUCCCCGGUCAGUUUCCAGUCACCCGGGACACCUGGAGCCCACCACCAUGAAGCCCAACUUCACCUCCACCUCCACGGUCAUCAACAUGGCUUCCCCAGCAGCAGCCCUGAGGUGCCCUCCCAGCCCCCACAGGAGCAGGAGCCAUCAGACCUGGACUUCCAGGAGGUGGCAGAGGUCCAGAUCUGCAGAGACACCUGCUGGUCAGGUUCUGAGUCGGAGCCGGAGCAGGCCCCGUCGUCUCCCAGCCCGCACGGUCCUGAAGACGAGGUGCACCAGGCCGGGGGCGUGCUGAGGACCCUGCUGAGGAGGCUUCCCCGCAGACCCGGGGGUGGGGACCGCUUUGGGCAGGAGCCCAGCCUGGAGCGGUCAGCAGGCCAGACACCGAGGGCCGGGCCCCGUUCCCAGAAGAGAGACACCUGGCUCGGGUCGCAGGGGGCCUCCGGGACGGAGGGCAGCUCGGGACGCACGGCCGAGCUGGCGGGUGGCCUGAGCCGGGGCUCAGGUCUCGGGACCCAGCAGGGCGGCCCACGGGGCGGGAAGCCGCACAGGUGCGAGGCCUGCGGCAAGAGCUUCAAGUACAACUCACUUCUGCUGAAGCACCAGCGCAUCCACACGGGCGAGAAGCCCUACGCCUGCCACGAGUGCGGCAAGCGCUUCCGCGGCUGGUCGGGCUUCAUCCAACACCACCGCAUCCACACGGGCGAAAAGCCCUACGAGUGCGGCCAGUGCGGCCGCGCCUUCAGCCACAGCUCGCACUUCACACAGCACCUGCGCAUCCACAACGGGGAGAAGCCAUAUGAGUGCGGCGAGUGCGGCCAGGCCUUCAGCCAGAGCUCCAACCUGGUGCGGCACCAGCGACUGCACACGGGCGAGAAGCCGUAUGCCUGCAGCCAGUGCGGCAAGGCCUUCAUCUGGAGCUCGGUGCUCAUCGAGCACCAGCGCAUCCACACGGGUGAGAAACCCUACGAGUGCCCCGACUGUGGCAAGGCCUUCCGCGGCCGCUCCCACUUCUUCCGGCACCUGCGGACCCACACGGGAGAGAAGCCCUUCGCCUGUGGCGCCUGCGGCAAGGCCUUCGGCCAGAGUUCCCAGCUCAUCCAGCACCAGAGGGUCCACUACCGGGAGUAGAGAGCGCUGGGGACACGCGGCAGCAGCCUGGGGUCGAGGCGGCAUUCUCGCGGAGGGCUCCUGCCUGCGCGCCCUCCUGGUUGGCACAGCCAGCAUCACAUGCCCUGUCCCGAAUAAAUUCUUUGUGCUUGAUGGA